GUCCUCAUGAUGGGAAACCAGCCCCGCUAUAGCAUGCCAGACUUCAGGGGGCAAUGACCUGGCUCAAGGGCCUCCUGUAAGUGGAAACCUUCAUCAGCCCUUCUUCUAACUGAAGAAACUGUCUUCUGUAGUUAACGUGAGUGAUGAGGGAUGGGGACAGAGGUGUGGCAGGACUGAAAUCAGGAAUGCUUCACAGAUGUAGAGCGUCUUCCAAAACCCAUUGUUGUCGAAUCGAUUUUGACUCAUAGCGACCUUGUAGGACAGAGUGGAACUGCCCCGUAGGAUUUCCGGGGUGUAGCUGGUGGAUUCAAACUGGUUAGAAGCCAUAGCUCUUGACCACUGUGCCACCAGGGCUCCAGAGCACCUUAGGUACAUUUAUAAACCUUUUGCCAUCAAGUCGAUUCUGACUCAUAGGUGCAUUUAUAAAAUAUAAUAACAGAAACUAAGAUGAAAAUAAAUGAGUUGGGUGGUGUUCAUUUCAGAGUGCACGUAUUUCAAACACUUGGCUUUGAGAUAAUGGAAACUCACAGGGAAGUUGACCCCCUUAGUAUAAAUUUGAAAGCAGAUGAUUGCUAUUCUCUUUACAAAUUAUUUCUUGUUUUUUAAACAUUUCUGGAGCCCUAGAAUGCAGAGGAGGGCAGUGGUAGAAUUCUUCCCUACUCGUGAGAGACUUGGGUUGGAUUCCUGGCCAGUGCACUUCCAGUGUAGCCACUAUCCAUCAGUAGAGGCUUGCAUGUUGCUAUGAUGCUGAACAGGUUUCAGUGGGACUUGCAGACUAAGGCAGACUAGGAAGAAAGGCCUGGUGAUCUACUGUCAAAAAUAAGCCAAUGAAAAUCCUACGGACCACAGCAGACUGAUCCUGUUGUGCAUGGGGUCACUGUGAAUCAGGGGCCGGAUCAAUGGCAGCUAUCAACAACAGAAUGCAGAAUUUUCUAGACACCUGUGCAAACCUGGUCCCAGUGGAAAGAGUGGUGUACGAUGUCCUUACUGAACUGGAGAAGACGUUUGACCUGCCACUUCUGGAAGUCUUGUUCAGCAAGGUGAACAUGAAGGCCUAUCCUGAUUUAAUUGAGGUUUACCAAAGCUUCCAAGAUGCUCUGUUUCCAGUAUCCUGUGGACUUGUAGCUGUGCAAGAAGAUGAAGGAAGAGAAUCAGAAGAAACGCCCAGGCUACUACUACCUUAUGAUGGAGAAGAGAGCAAAAAUGUGUGUUUGGAAAAGUGUGAUGGAGAAGAGCCCCAAAAAGCUUCAAUCUCAUCACCAAGAAAUGGGUCAGUGUCCUAUGAUCCCGAAACUCGCCAAAUGACUAAAGAAGUACCUGAGGAGAUGCCUGACCUACUACCAGCUGAGGGAGAAGAAGGUGGCAAUGCCUGUUUAGGAAUGUAUGAUGGAGAAGAACCCCAGGGAGCCUUGGGUUCACCAUCAAGAAGUGAACUAGUACCCUGUGAUCCAGACACUCCCCAAACGAAUAGAGAAGAUUCAGAAGAGCUUGCUCCUACCCUAUGAUGGAGAAGAGGGGAUUUCUACCAGACCCACCGAGAACAAGAAAAAGUGUGAUUAUCACAUGAUCUUCUACCAGAGUCUCGCUGAUCAUAGCCUUGAUUUUCCAUAGCUGUAGCCUUAUUAUAAAUUAACCUAUUGUGAUAAGUCUCCAUUUUAGAACGUGGUGUUUUUACAGUUGCUGCUUUGGAACAUUGCAUACUGUACAAGGCCAGGACUUCUUUGAGCAUUAAAGCAUUUGAGAUAGAGGUGGGAACAAUCCUUCAAAAGAAAUAACGAGACAGAACUGACCUUGUACGUACGUUUUAUAAAAUGAUCUGGGUGCCAUACUGCCAUAACGUCCUCUGAAGGUGGUCAGAUUCAUUUGUUUGAUUGUGGCUGUCCAGUUGAUCCUGCAUCAUUUGUUGUACAGACUAUCCUUUCUCCACAGGCUUGUCUUUGCUCCAUGCCAAAGAUCCGUUGACUGUAUUUGUGUGGGUCUGUUACUAGCCUCUCUGUUCACUCCACUGAUCUAUUUGCCUAUUGAUUUGCCAAUACCACACUGUGUUGAUUACGUUCCUAUUAUUUUCGGCUACAUUUUCUUUGUUUUUACCUUCUCCAAUAUUUUGGAAGGCACUGUAUCAACUUUUAAGUCUUCCCAUAUUUACCUGUAACUUUUCCAAAUGCAUUUUUACUUGUUUUUUGAAUGUCAGAGUGAAAAAUAAAAUGCUAUCUUUAAUGUCUCACAUAUUUAAGGCAAGGUGUUAUUUCUUUUGUACCAUUCAGUUCCCUAACUCGCUUCUGCCUUUUCUCUCACAGUAUGGAUGUUCACUAUCAUUAUUAAAUAUUUCGUCUUUUACUCUAUACAAAAGACCUCUUUAAAGUGUUAAAAAGCAGGGAUGUCACUUCGAGGACUAAGGUGCACCAGACCCAACCCAUGGUAUUUUCAAUCACCUCAUAUGCACGUGAAAGCUGGACAAUAAAUAAGGAAGACCAAAGAGGAAUUGAUGCCUUUGAAUUACGGUGUUGGUGAAGAACACUGAAUACACUAUGGACUGCUAGAAGAACAAAUGAAUCUGUCUUGGAAGAAGUACAGCCAGAACGCUCUUCAGAAGCAUGGUUGACAAGACUUUGUCUCACAUACUUUGAACAUGUUGUCAGGAGGGACCAGUCUUUGCAGAAGGACAUUAUGCUUGGUAACGUAGAGGGUCAGUGGAAAAGGGGGAGACCUUCAAGGAGAUAGAUCGACACAGUAGCUGCAACAACGGGCUCAAGCAUGGCAACAAUUGUGAGAACGGCGCAGCACUGGGUGGUGCUUCAUUCUGUUGUGCACAGGGUCGCUGUGAGUCGGAGCCGACUUGAUGGCACCUGACAACAACAGCAAUAAUUUUUUUUCCUCUGUUCAGUUAUGUUAUGUGAAUAAUUUUUCAGAUAUUUGUAUAUUACAUGUUAUUUUUCAUGUCAAAUGUUCAUGUCAAAUAACAAUUAAAACAUAAAAACCAAACCUGUCAAGUCGAUUCCAAAUCAUAGAGACCCUGUAGAAGAGAGUAGAACUGCCCUGAUAGGGUUUCCAAGGCCGCAACAAUUCCUUAUAUAACACAAAGCAAAAAUAAAAAAUAUGGGUUAUGUGAUAACCCCUAUUUAUGAGAAUAAUAUUAAUGUACUUCAGUUUUCACUGUUCAAAGUGCCCCGUAGGCUCUUUGCCAUGACUUCCGCAUGCUUCUUUUUGGCUUCAUCUUUCAAUCAACUGAAGUACACCCCUAAGUGAUUUUAAAAGAAAAGUACAUGGGUGGUGCGUUGUCUACGUCUUUGCAUAUCUCAGAAUGCCUUCCUAUUGUUUUCAUCAAUUAACAUAUUUUGCUCCAAAAUAUCUUUUACCACAACUUCUCACCUUCAAAAUUGAUUUAGAAUUUGUCCUACAGUCUUUGGCCAUUUUGCCCUGCAACUCUGAUGUCUGAGUUCAAGGAGAACUCUGUUGGCUUGUCAGCAUGUGAAUGUUUAUGGGGCUUCCCUCUCCCUCUUUCCCCUCUUCGUUAUGUGUGUAGUUAUUUUUACCGGGAUAGGCUUCAGUGUGGUAUUCUUUUCAUUGAUCUUGCCUGGCACUUUGAGCCUUUUCAAUAUGCAUGCCUUUUUCUUUUUUCAGCCCCAUUAAAUCUUUCUGAUCCAUUUGUUCUGGACUCACUUUCAAGAACAUCUAUUAUCCAUAUGCUGGCUCUCUGUUCUCUGUCUUUCAUUAGAAAAAAAAAAAAAAGUUCCGGAAAGCACUCCUCCUUUAGGCCAUUAGUAUGAGACAUAAAUAAAUAAACACAAAAUGUUUGCAACUGCCUGGUCAGUUUCUCAAACCUCAUGAUUUCUUAGUAUUUCAAUAACGUUAAUUGCUGUUUAUUACCAAGGCACAAAGCACAUCAACUUUUCUUAACGCAAUACUUUGCUUUUCUCAAGACAAAAAUAGAAAAACAUUGCAACUUA